AUGUCAAACAGCCAAGCUCGCAGUACUUCUUUAGAGUUGAAAACAUCCCCCAAAAUUGAACAUAGACGUACAAACUCAGACACGGAAUGUUUUCCAUUUCCGGACCCAAAUACUGGAACGCGACUCAGCAGUCAAACAGGUCCUGCGGAUUCAAUCGCUUCCAUCAAGGUCCGAUCAUCCACACUGCAACCGACCGGAUUUCGGCGUGGCGGAAGUGUUAGUCCAUCUGUUCGCGUGGGGCCCUCUCCGCGAACGGCAGUGCCACCUCAGUAUGGAAAAUAUCUGUCCAGUUCGAAUAGUGCGGCACGUGUCCUCGUCUCACCCCCGCAUUUACUCCAGCCAAACCUCAUUGCAACGGAUUCGAGGAAACCGACCAAACCAUUCACAUCCGCAUUCGAAUCGCAUUUGUCCGCGGUAGGACCAGGAACCGGAGAUAAUACAACAGACAGUCCUUCAGUACAUCACCAUAAAACCUCUUCCUCUUUGUCCCUGUCUGGCUCGUUGAGUUCGGACAAGGAGGAGUCUGCGAACACUGAUCGCCUGGUUCGUCGUGAUUCGACAACCCCCUUUUCGCCUUCCAUGCAAACUCUGGUCUCGGGAACAAGAAGCAAUUCGUUCGAUUCAUUCAAUACGAAGGUGCAUAUAUUCGAUAAUAAUAAUCGACUCACCUCACCUCUCACGCCUCCCACGUAUGAUAAUGCCAUGGAACGCGAAACUCGAACGGGGACAGGGCAGCUAUUGUUCCGCAGAAAUAUGAACGACAGUGUUGCAACAAAUCGAAGGAGUAUGGAUGAUGGUACCAAAUAUCAAUGCAAGGUAUUUGAUCCCAGGAGAAACACGCUUGGUGCAACGACAGUUCCGUUCUCAAUUUUGGAUUCCCGUAGUAUUGGGCUGGAAUCGUCCAAACCGAUCGCCUCUUACACUCGAUCCACGACCACUCCUAUUUUUACCUCUAUUCCAAAACCGUAUGUGACCAGUCAAGACCAACCUACUUCAUGGACCACGAUCAUUCGUCGAGAGGAAUUGAAACAACCGUUAGACGUGAAGGUGGAUGAUUCUGGAGGAUGCAAAAGUGAUAGGGAUCAGCAGGUGGUACACAAAUUGGACAUAGCUACACAAACCGAAUCCUCCGUGCUUUCGCCUUUAUCCUCGGAGACCGAUCAUGGGAGCGUGGUGAAACCAACAGAUUCGGAUACGGAAGUGGAAAAAGCCACGCUAAACGGAUGGAAUGCGAAUCGGGAAAUAGUACAUGCACAAACAGACGAAGACAGUGUGACCGAACACACACAGACAAGAUUAACGCUUCAUGAUGUGUAUAAUCGGUUGGUUAAUCUUACACCAACAAAACAGGUAGCUGUUUAUAUUGUGCAUUGCAAAAAGUCAGAUGUUAUCGGUGUCCCUUCAAAUCGUACUGAGUCUGAGAGUCUACAAAGUCAUCGACUCUCGCUAUCCAGACCACUUCGAUCAUCGUUAGGUUCUCCAACCUACGGAUCGACGACUACGGAACCACCUCGAUGCCGAAGUGUGCACUUUUCCUCAGAUGUAUUGGUUGCGCAUACCGGUAAUGGACCUGAACCACUGAUGCUUUCUUCGGCACCCUUGAAAGAGCCAGCCCCGUGCGAAGGGGACGAGGAUCGGGGCCGACCAAAACCACCGACUAAGUCGUUCAUUUUGGGACCAAGACGUUUUGUUCCGACCGGACGUGUACCGACAGAAUCUAAUUUUCAAGAGCUACAAAUUUCGAUUAAUCAAAAUCAACCACAACCAAGGCUACCCCGACCAACCCCGUUUCGCAGAAAUCUAGUCCCCAGAGGCGCAUCGGAACCAAAUUUGUGA